CGGCGAUCGGCUUGCGGCGUCGCGCUGUAAACGUCGCACGGCGAGCGUCCUUUACGGCAGGCGUCUGUAGCUUUCCCGAAACCGGCUGUCGUGAUCUGCGCCCAGGGAGCCUACAAGGGCACUUCUGUGGUGCGUCAUGCCUUUCUUUGAUGUGCAGAAAAAGCUGGGCAUUAGCCUUGAUCGCCACUUCGUAUUCCAAAGUACUGAGCAGCCCUUCAAGAUUCCCGCUCGAUGCCAUGCCUUUGAGAAAGAGUGGAUAGAGUGUGCACAUGGCAUCGGCGCUACCCGGGCUAAAAGGGAGUGCAAGAUAGAAUAUGAAGAUUUCGAGGAAUGUUAUCUUCGUUAUAAAACGAUGAAGCGCCUGGGUGAAAUCAAACGACAGCGGGAUAAGCUAGUUAAAGAGGGGAAAUACACCCCUCCGCCUCACCAUGCGGGCCAGGCGGAGCCCAGGCCCUGAGCAGAGCAGGCGGACGCUGCUCUUGAUGCUGUUUGCCGCUGGAAGAAAGUAAUGAAAGCUGCUUCAUCGAGUACAUAAAAUAAAGAAUUAGUCAACCUUA